GCUGAGCGGAGAGAGGCAGCGGCAGUGCGAGCUGCGCCGCGCGUCAGUGAGGGAGACAGACGAGAGUUCCUGCAUAUGCGGCCACCGGCACCUCACUGAAACACACCGACCAUGGACCUAUUCGAGUUUGACUUCUUCAGGGACUGGGAGCUGGAGCAACAGUGUCAUUACGAGCAGGACCGCUCGGCGUUGAAGAAGAAGGAGUGGGAGCGAAGGACACAGGAAGUGCAGCAGGAUGAAGACUUGUUCUCUACCGGAUUUAAUCUGUUUGGUGAGCCGUACAAGACUAACAAAGGAGAUGCCCUGGCCAACCGGGUCCAGAACACACUCGGAAACUACGAUGAAAUGAAGGAGCUCCUGACUAGCCAUUCCAACCAGAGUCACCUUGUGGGCAUUCCUAAGAACUCUGUUCCCCAGACUCCAGUGGAGAAACCCGACCAGCCAGGCUUUUUCCCUGAAGCUCAGCGGAGCCGAGCUGCUCCCUCCCAACCUGGAAGUCACAGCACCUCCAUGCCCCCACCCCCUGCCAACACCAUGCCGGGCUCAAGCGUUGUACAUGGACAUCAAGGCAAAAAGUCUCGCUCUUCAGACUGGUCCCGAGGGGGUCACAGUUCAAGUGGCGCCCAGACCGCUCAAGCAGUCAGUCGGGGGAAGCACUCCAGUCAUGAGCAGACCUCUAGUAGACAUGAUCAGGACCAAGAGGACUCAAGUCCCAAUCCUAGCGGACCUACAACUUCGUCACACUCCAGUAGGAAGCAGGCACAGUCUGGCAAAGGACCAGCCGCAGCCGAGCUUGGCCUUGGAAAGUCUCCCGCCGAGCAGGACUUGUGCUCCCAUGGCUCGAACUCGCCAAUGGCCUCUACGUCCCUGCUCCCGAGCGGCCUUUCGACGCCGACGUUCCCUCAAGGCCUCCACUGCAAGCCCAGCAGCGCUGUGCAGCAGAAACCCACUGCCUACGUCAGGCCCAUGGACGGCCAAGACCAGGUCCCCAAUGAUUCCCCAGAGCUCAAACCCCCUGUGGAGCUGGUGGAAGGGUACAACAGUGUUCCAUUCGGAGGUCUGCUGGAUAGCAAAAGCAGCACGGCUGGGACCAAGGGCAAAAUUCCUAAGCUGACACUGCCACAAUCCGGAGAGGUCAGCCUGUCCAACGACUCCAAUUGUGUGGAGGAAAUUCUGCGGGAGAUGACCCACUCCUGGCCUCCACCUCUCACUGCCAUCCACACACCAGGCAAAGCUGAACAAACCAAGUUUCCCAUUCCUUCAAAGGAUUCCCAGCAUGUGACCUCAGGAUACAAUGGAAAACGCUGCAAUGUUUCCAGUAACAAGCCUGCAACCAAGUCGGUACCACAGAAGUCAAUGCUCGAGGAUGACCUGAAAAUCAGCAGUGAUGAAGAGGACACUGAACAGGCCGCCGAGAAGCCCAAGCCCAGGAGCGCUCCUCUCAACCUUCCUGGAACCACACCGCGGACCAGCGAACAGACCGGUCACUCCAGCGGCGCCUCGGGCAGCUCCAGCGAAUCGGAGAGCAGCUCUGAAUCUGAUUCGGACAGCGAGAGCAGUUCCAGUGACAGUGAGUGCAACCGAGCGUCCCGCGCUGCCACACCAGAGCCUGAACCUCCAUCAACAAACAAGUGGCAACUAGAUAAGUGGCUAAACAAAGUUAAUCCUCACAAUAAAGCACUAAUUAACACCCAAUCAGAUAGUCAUGGGCUUAACAGCUCUCAACCUGAUGAAAGCCAAGCCUCAGAGAACCAGAGCUCCAGCAAGAGCAAGCCCAGCACAGCACUGGCACCAGCAGACCCAAAGGAGAGAACGUUGCUCAGUCCUAUCCGAGAGAAAGCCAAACCCAAGACUGGUCAGAAGGCUCCAGACAGCAAAAGCACCAAGGUAAAAUCACCAGCCUCAAUAGAGCUAGCUCCCCCCAGGAGAAGCACUGGAAAGAAGCAGCCAAAAAAGGUGGAGCGAUCUUCCAGCAGUGAGGAGCACAACUGGCCCAGACCAGGAAACUCAAGUUCUACCCCAAAAGAGAAAGAGCCCCCACCUUUAGAACCGCCAAAACCUAGAGGCAAGGGUCCUGGGGUCAAGACGGCUCCAAGAAAGGAACCUCGGACCACCACAACAAACACUGCACCAACGAAUAUCACACCAGUUCCAGAUAAAAAGAAGCACCGAGGACCCAACAAGAUCAUCCCCAAGUCUAAGGAAUUCAUCGAGACAGAGUCUUCUUCAUCCGAGUGUCAUUCGGAUCCUGAAGAGCUCACUAAGGUUCAGCUUCCCUGUCCCGGUCCCAACACCCUAAGCCUGAAAUCCAAGGAUUGCAACAGCAAUAUCCUGAGUGUUAGUAGCCUUACCAGCACAAGCAGCACCUCUAUUCCUGAUCCAGGUGCCUCGGAUCUCUUGGAAGAGCCCCUCUUUUCUCCCAUCCCCAUUGUACAAAAUGAACUUCUGUCACCACUGAGAGAUUUUGAGGACAUCAAGUCUCUUUGGGUUAAGAUUGAGCUCAGCUUCCUGUCACGGAUCCCAGGGCAAGACCCUCCGGAGCCUCCCCCAACCAAGGCCGAGUGUCGGGAGGUCAGCGUCAAGCACAGACGACAACAGUCACCCGCCUCCAUCCCUGCAGAAAAGAACCCUAGUAAAUCCAAGAGGAAACACAAGUCUGAGCACUGUGACGUGAUGAGUGGAGGCAAAAAGCUUCGGAUGGACAAAGACGCACUGCUGCUUCCUCCUUGUAUCUCGCCCAUACACAACCACAAGGUCUCCAGCACAAAAGAUUCGUUGAAGAAACAACCUCGCAAGCGGGAGGAUAAGCUGUUACCGCCUCUGCUGUCGCCGCUGUCCGAUGAGCCGGUGGGCCGCCCGCGGAGGAGCAGUGAAUGCAGCUCCAUCAGUCAGGAGGGAAACACGUCCACUGUCCCAAACAGCCUUCCCUCCACCCGCACAAUACCUGCCUCCACCUCUUCAUCAUCGUCCUCAUCACACAAACACCGCAAAGGAGACAACAAAUCCUUCUCCCAUUCCAAGACCAGCACUGAGGAAGACAGUCACAGCAAACCAUCCGGCGGUUUUCAUGGCAAUGGCCAGUCGGACACAGACCUGUGGUCAAACCCUUCAGGCCUGUCCAUGGAGCACAUGGAGCCCAGGAGACCUAAACUCACAUUUAAUAACACUGUUCACAAUGCAGAUUACUACAUGCAGGAAGCCAAGAAGUUGAAGCACAAGGCAGAUGCUUUGAUGGACAAGUUCGGCAAAGCUGUGAAUUACGCCGACGGUGCGCUCUCGUUCAUCGAAUGCGGCAACGCCAUGGAACGAGACCCGUUAGAGGCCAAGUCACCAUACACAAUGUAUUCAGAAACCGUAGAGCUCAUCAGGUACGCAAUGAGAUUAAAGAACUUCACCAGUCAUUCCGCCACAAUAGCUGAGAAGAAGCUCGCUGUACUGUGCAAUCGUUGUUUGUCACUUCUGUACUUGCGAAUGUUCAAGCUGAAGAAAGAUCAUGCGAUGAAGUAUUCCCGCUCACUAAUGGAGUAUUUCAAGAAUUCUGCAAAAAGUUCCCAAGCACCUUCGCCGUGGGGAGCCAAUGGAAAGAGCACAGGUACCCCAUCUCCCAUGUCCCUGAGUCCAUCUCCUGUCAGUUCGGUCAGCAGCGGUGCUGGAGUGAUGGGCUCUUCCUCUGCCUCUGGAAGCGUGGCCAUUCCCCAACGCAUCCACCACAUGGCAGCCAGUCAUGUCAACAUCACCAACAACAUCCUGCGCAGCUAUGAACACUGGGAAACCGCUGACAAGCUGGCCCAGGAAAGUCAAGAGUUCUUUCUGGAGCUGGACUCAGUAAUGGAACCGUUGACGCAGCACAGCAGCAUGACAGAACUGGUGCGCUACAUACGCCAAGGAUUGCACUGGCUUCGGCUGGAGGCCCAUUUGUUAUAGUGCUGGCGCUUCCACUGUGCUCUUCCUUUCUCUCUGUCUUUCGCUCUCUCACUCUCUUCCCCGCCGUUCAUCACUACCUCCACCAUCUUUGCCAUCUACAGCCCUCCGGAACCCUGAGGGAAGUCGGCAGUUAACCACUAGCGAGCCUCAGAACUGUGAGUUAUUCCCUGGAGGGUGCCAUGUCCUCGUUCCAGCUUGAUUCCUGUAAGAGUGCGUCGGCAAAGUCUCGGGAUGUCAUCGAAGGCGGACCUGGAAGGACGGAGCGCCGCUGCAUCGCAUCACAGCACUACGGGAGGCCAAAUUUAUGCAUCUGUUACAAGAACAGAAUCUGUGAUGGUAGCAGUGUGCAAGUUAACGAUGUUGUUGGACGAAAAUUCAGCUAGUGACCUCUGUGGUGUGGGCCAGGCAAAUCUAAUUUGCCUUGUAAAGCGGAAUAGGCCGGAAAUACACUUUAUGCAAGUACACGAAGACAUGAAUGCUUGAUCAACAUAUUGAAAGUGAAUAUUCUUAAAGUGUGCUGUUGCUUUGCAGUAACAAACCUCAGCACAUAAGGGGUGAUAACAUUGACAUUAAUCAGUGACACUAAGUUUAAGUUUUUAAGAUCCUAUAUUUUAAUUUAUUUGAAUUUUAAACAUGUUUUUAAUCCAAAUUUGUAUCUUUUUUUAGGGUAUUAAGUCAGAAAUGUCAAGUGAAUCUAAUAAUGAAAAAAAGCCUCAAUAUAAUAAUUUAAUUCUUUUAAAAAAAUGAUACAUUGUCCACAAAUCUUUAAAAGAAAACCUUGUGUUUUUUAGGAAAUUAAUACUUUUAGAAUUUUAUCCUUAAAUCAAAGUUGCAGUAAAUACAUUUCUAAUGUUGCAAAAUAUUAUUAUUUAUUGAUGCAGAAAAUUCAGCUUUGAAAUUGCAGGAAUAAAUAACAUUUUAAAAUAUAUUCAAAUAGCAAACAAUUAUUUUAAAUAGUAAAAAUAUUUCAAAAUUGUACAGUUUUUUCUGUACUUUGGAUAUACAUAUAUUAUUUAUAUUAUUUAUUUUAUUUAUUACUAAGAAUGAAAUAAUGCUAAAUAUAUUGUGAUUUUUAUAAUAAAUAAUAAAGCAGCUUUUUUUUGGUCAUAAUAUUAUAAAGAUUUCUGACAAAUCUUGUGACAAUGAAGAUUGCUUGCUGAAAAUUCAGCUUUAUCAUCACAGAAAUAAAUUACAUUUUAGAAAAUAUUAAAAUAGAAACCUCUUAUUUUGAAUUACAAUAAUAUUUAAUUGUUUUCACUGUGUUUUGAUCAAAUAAUUGCAGCCUUGGUGAGCAUAAGAGACAGCCCUAAACAUUAUUAAAUUUUAUAAAUUCACUUCACUGCUUAUUCAUAUUUGAAAAACUCAUUUACACAAGUAAGAAACCAAAAAAUUUGGAAACAAUAUCAUGCAAAGGACCCUUUAUGUCAUUUUUCAAAUUGAUGUCUUUAAACUUAACUAGAUGAUCAUCAAACUUUUGCUUUACUUUAACAAUAAUAAGCCAUAAGACAAGCCAUAUAAACCAUAAGACAAGUUUUGGAAUCAGAAUUGGACAUGUUUGGUUUAGUCACUAUAUCGCCUCUUGUGGCAUUGCUGAGAAUACGCAGUGGCUGUUGAAUUAUGAAUUGCCAUCUGACAGCUUUCAGAUCACGACAAAUGAAUCCAACUCGCGUAUCUGCCGUUCAUGUACUUGCACAGAGUAUAUUUCAGGCCUCGCCAAUGCGAGAUUGAGAUACACAGGAAUUAGAGUACAGAUAAAUGAGCUGUUAACACUGCAUUCAUCUCAAACGCAUAUAUAUUCACCCCAUCUGGAGAUCCACACGUAUCCAUUUGAAAUCGCGCUUAUCUGUCGAGGCUUUUGCGAUGACUGUAAGGGACGGGUUACGGUAGUCAUCUGUUCUCUCAAACGUCACCGUCUUUCUAUUUUACUGUGGCACUAUGACAGCUGGCGUCGGUGCGAGCGGUACGAUAGGCUCGUUGGCUUCGCUCCAAAGCUGCGUUCUCCGAGACAGACUUCACGUCUUGCGUUCACAGCGUCAGAGGCUGAUGGUCGAUUUCCCUGUGCAAUUAACGUACACAUAUGCACAUGUGACAGAUUGAUAUCUUCUGAAGGGGGGGUAUCAGAGAAUCUUAAAGAUUUCUUUCCAAUAUGUACCAUAAUGACUGUGUUGUAUAUGACAGCUACUUUAACUGUUCGGUGUUUGUUCAAUCUUGCAUGUUAAUGCAGAGAGGUAGAGGUAGAACCGAGAGACAUCAGCGUAUUUCAUGAGCACUAUGAUGAUUCGAUGUGUUUUGUCCAGAUUUUCAGUUGAUUCCAGCAUCUUUAGAGCUGGCUUGAUGACAUUUAACAUUAAGUUGUUAUCUCUAGAGAGUUUAUUAAUGCUUGUACUUGAACAUUAUUACAUUUUUCUAUCUCCAGAGACACUCCCAAACAAGCUAGGUCAGAAUUUUUGCGGCCUGAACAAUUGCGUCAUGUGAUCGAAUCACAAACCUUUUUUAAUCAAAUGUUAAUUUUCCAUGCAUAAACUCUUUACUGAUGAAUUUAAUGUUAAAUAUUGUUGAUAACCUAUCAGUGAGAUACAAACUGUUUCUUCUUGCUGGUCUGUUCAUAAAUGUAGGUAUUUGAGAGUGUGUGUGUGUGUGUGUGUGCGUGUGAGUGCGUGGAGCAGAUUUUCAUUGGCAGGGUGUGUUCAUUGUAUUGUAAAGCUUCAUAUAUCUGUCAGUCUAUCACGUGAAUGUCAGAAUGUGAGCGAGAGACGGGAUGUAUGUGUGAAAUAGAGACAUUUCACUAAGAUUAUUCAAAAGUGCCUGCGUAUCCAAUGGAAAUUUAUUAGAGUCUAUAUUUAAGGAUGACAAUGGAUCUGAAUGAUUUUCCAUACCAUAUUGGUAUAUCCAAGUUUUCUGUUUUCAUAACAUGAUUAUUUAUUUAUUUUCUUUGUAAAAAUGGCGGUUGUGAUGCCUGUUUUUCGCUUUAAUGUUCAAGUACAUUUCAGAUUUUCAUUUUCUGCUCUGAUGAUGAUAGAAAAUGACUUACAAGUGAAUGACGUCUAAGUGCAUUUGAAUUCUUUACAUAUUGUACAGCUGAAUCAUGUAUGUUUCUCAUUACCUCCUUUCGCGGAUGCGUUCCUGGGCGAUUUUCACGUGACGUAGCGAGAAAUGCUUACUGUCCAAUAAUGGCUUAUAGUGCAAUACUCACUGUAGCACACGAAUAGCAAUACGUCAGGAAAGAAGUAUACAAAACAUCUUACAACAAAAUUAAUUACAGAGCAAAAGCAAGCCUUUAUUCACUUCAUGGACUUCCUUUGAUGCAAGGCAAAAGUAUCAUUAUGCAAAUAGUGAAAUUUCUCCUUCCCAUCAACAAUAUUACCAGCUGUUUUCUUACUUGUACAGAGUGGGUUUUCGAAAAUGUGUGUGGUUUCUGCCGCAUCUGUUGCUGUGCUUGUUUGAGUUAUGCCAGUCUGGCAAAGAAAUCUGUGGCCCUCUGGCAGUUCAUCAGAAACCAGCAGCUCUGACUCACUCUAGCAGUGAAGUAAACAACCUGCUCUGCCUAUUAGAUGCACCUCUAAUGCCCCCAGUUUGUCUUGCAAUGAAAACAACAGUUGUAUUCUUUCUGGAGCUUUUUGCUCGCUUUAUAUACUCUUCCUGAGUUGGGAAUAAAAGCAAAUGGAGAAAUAAAACUCUGCUCAGGCUUAGUUUAAAGAAAAAAUGUUCUUUUUGAGUUAUUACAUUGUUAUAAAUUAGUUAUUACAAUGUAAUAACGAGGCAACAUUCCAUAGAUGCUUCAAGGAGUUUAUAGUUCUUUUCAGUUUGAUUAAUAGUAACCAAUAUGACAGUUUACAGAGAUAUAAUGCACUUCUCAUUUGAAUAUUACAAACAUCUGUUUAUUGUUUGCAUCAAAAGCUGGAUAUUAAAGGAGAAGCUCACUUCCAGAACAAAUGUUUACAGAUCAUUUACUCACACCCUUGUGUCUUUCUUUCUUUAGUUGAUAAGAAAUUGUUUCUAGAGGAAAACAUGGAAUGUUCUUCAGUGGUGCCCCCAAGUUUGAACUUCCAAAAUGCAAUUUAAAUGGAGCUUCAAAUGGCUCUAAACGAUCCCAGCUGAGGAAAAAUUGUCUUUUCUAGCAAAACUGUCAUUUUCAAAACAAAUUGGCAAUUUAUGUACUUUUUUUUUAUGUACAUCUUGUCUCCUCUCUGCAAUGAGCAUGCGUAGUCUGUGCAAUCUGGGUCAAUGCAGUUAGGGUAUGUCUCGUUUUCUUCUUCAUCGUCAAAAUCGUCCUACAUCGCUGUUUUAUCCUUUUUUUGAUGAAGGGCGUUUGAUCUUCAUUGCAUGUUAACUUUGUAAACACUGGGUUGGUACUUCUGCAGCGAUGUAGGAUGAUUUUGAUGUUGGGGAAGAAAACGAGAUGGGAGUUUUUCAACAUGUCACUAACUGACCAUAUUGAACCAGAAAUGAAUCCGAGUUCACGCAGACUUAGACAAGACGAGCAUUUAAGGUUAAAAAGUAUAUAAAUUGUCAAUUUGUUUCGAAAAUGGCCGAUCGUUUUGCUAGAUAAGACGCUUCUUCUUCAGCUGGGACCGUUUAGAGCCAUUUAAAGCUGCAUUUAAACUGCAUUUUGGAAGUUCAAACUUGGGGGCACCAUUGAAGACCACUAUACGCAGAUAAUUCAUGAUUUUAUUUUCCUCAAGAAACAUAAUUUCUUAUCGACUGAUGAUUCAUCCUAAAUGACAAGGUGAGUAAAUUAUCUGUAAAUUUUUGUUCUGGAAGUGAACUUCACUUCCAAAUAAGGGGCACUGAACAAAUACUGACCGAACAAGGGCAAAUAAAUAUUUAUUGUUAUCACAUAUUCUAGAAUAUAUACUAAAAUGUUGCGGAUUUCAAAAAGAAUAUCUAUACGUAGUUUUGUUGCAAGCAGAAAUCACAUUCAUUAGUCAAAUGUACAGUAUAGAGCCUAAAUCAUCAAGGAUGUCCAUAAAAGUGCAACAAAAAUCACGUUUUAUCUCAAUUUUGCAAGGGAGUAAAUAUAUAUGAUUUUACUUACAUUGACUGAUAAUAUUUAAUUUAUUUUAGGACCUCACUGUAUCAUACUAAUUGUAUAAGAAACAUAUUGAUUUUAUCCGUUAACAAGGGCCACAAUCACAACUAUGCUAUUGCAUUUUGCGUUUACAUUGCUGUCGGACCAUUCGGACCUCUGCUUUAACAAAGCUUGAAGGUGUUUACUUUUUAAAUAAUGACGACGUAUUAGCAAUUACCCCUCGUCUUUCUAGAGUAGCAUAAGGUCGCUUUGAUUUCUUUGUGCUUCUGAAUGAGCUGUACAACGAUGAAAACGCCUAUCAGGAAGAACAAUCUCCAAUUAAAGCUGGCUCAGCUGGAGGCUUUCUAUUUGCUCUGCAAAUUAAACAUGUAAAUAGCUCUUCGUUACCGUAAAACGCCACAUCGUGUCGUCAAUUAAAGAUCUUCCAAUUCCCACGCUGAUUAACAGGCGGCAUGUACCACGGUACAUUUAAAGGACUGACACUGGCGUUUCUAAACAAAAUGCAUCGAAAGCCUUGAUUUGUAUUAAACUUGAGCACUUCUGUGAUUAUAAACGUGUGGAUAUUUUGCCUAUGGACCAUACAAAUGCCAUUGUAUUUAAAUGAACGUUACAAAGUCAGUUUCUAACUUCAUCAGAGAGCUCUUUUUGAAAUACCUUGUUGCAAAUGCCUUGUUACUAAUGUAAACUGUAGAGAAUCAAAGAACAGUUAUUUACAGUCUUGUUCUGUCCGUUUGUCUUUCUCUGUACAGUAUAAGGUUGUGCACCAUGAUUUGUCUUCUUGAGAUUGUAAUCACAUCAAGGCGUUGCAUUUGACCCUGAAACCCAUCCACAGCUUUGAAUCUAUGAAGAUAUGCAACAUCUCUCAUUGCUUCCAUGUCAUUUAAGUCUGCCUUUCUGCUACGUUCGACAUUUUCAGUUCAAUCACCGAUUGGGUUUUUGAAUCAAGAGUGUACAAAUGGGUAACACUACAAUGGAUUUCUUACAGAAGAAAGGUAUUUACACAACAAGGCAAUACUUACUUAGGGUGGAUUGUUAGAAGCCAUUGAAGUAACCAAAUGAAAGGCAAAGUAUUUGAGUCUACUGGUGGCGUAGUGUGUUAAUGCCAGAGCUUGUCUGGGUCACUACUGGCAAAAUCUAAAA